CUCACUUCCUGUCAGGACAAACUGACCCUCGGCCCCACAUCCUCCACAUCCGCCGCUGCUCGGUUCAGCCUGACAGGUCAGUGCGCAUGCGCAGAGCCGGGUGUCCGGUGUCAAACCGAGCAGCUGUUGAGUUCGUUCAGGGCAGAACCGAACCAGCACGUGCUGCACAGCCUCUUUAACGGAGCGGACUCCGUCCCAAAGCCGAAACAGAACCAGGAUCCAGACACCCGGAGUCUGAUCCGGAACCAGCAGGAGAGCUAACGGAGCUAACGGAGCCGAACCGUCUGCUGACCGACAGGCCGCGGUCCGGUCCCGUCCGGACCAUCUCCGCAUUUCAGAACCUGCUUCUGCUGCUCCUCGGAAAGGUUCUGUCUGAGAACCGGCUCAGCUGGAAGACAGGAACCGGACAUGCUGAUAGCGGCUGUCGGAAGCUCCGCCCCCACAGGCAAGAAACGACGGCGAGGCAAGAAACACCGGAGAGUCCGAGCUGACAGCCGGCCUGAAGAGGGCAGUGAUUUUCUGAAGACUGGUGAUACUCCCCUCCAAAUACCAUUACAGAAUGACCCCCAAAAAGACCAGCUCCCCCCAGAAGGUCCUGCCAACGGCACCGACGGGGAAGGUCCAGAGGGACCAGAGGCCGGCACACGUUCCCCCGAGAGAUCCUUCCAAACACCCUGCCUUCAAGGUCCCCAGCAGUCCCUCACGUCCCAGAUUCCAAACCAGACAACCCAGUCACCUGUUCCCCAUAGCCCCCACCACAUAAACCAGUCACCCCAUUCCCAUAGCCCCCAGUCACCACGUCCUGAAAGUCCCCACCAGAACACCCAGUCACCUGGUCCCCAGAGCCCCCAGAGCCCCCAGCAUUCAGCACAGUCACCAAGUUCCCACAGUCCAGUUACUCAACCACUUCCUCCUCAGAACCCCCACCAGAUGAUCCAGGCACUGCGUCCCAGGAGCGUAAACCAGAUAGCAAUAUUCACUCCAGACCCUGUAGAAACUAUAAUGCCUCCAGAAAUUACUCUCAACAACUCCCAGUGCCCCAGACAAUCAUCUUCUGCUGCAUUAGAAACCUUUGGCCAAAGUCUCAGCAAGUCACCACCAGAUGUUAACAACAUUACCCAGAAUGCCUCAGCACACGGUUUUACUGAGUUCUUCCAACCACCUGCAACCUCACCACAAGGCGUUACCUCUGAGACUUCUGCAGUAUUUGCACAAAACCUUGUUAAAGCUCCUCCCACUUGUAUGUUAAGCCCCUCCCACUCCGACCCUUUCCUCCUGACCUCAAUGACCUUUACUUCCAGUACCUCCUCCCACCCUCUGUGCUCCUCCUCCUCUCUCCUCUGCUCUCUGGAUUCUCCAUUCAGCUUCCCUCUCAUGACAUCAUCUGCCCCAUCUCAUCUGGCUAUGCCCCCUCCUCAUCAGAGCCCGCCUCCUGUAGAGUUAACCCCGCCCCCAGCCCAGUUGCUUGGCUCUGAUGAUGAAGAGCAGGAAGACCCUUCAGAUUAUUGUAAAGGUGGAUACUACCCAGUAAAGAUCGGAGACCUGUUCAACGGCCGCUACCAUGUGGUCAGGAAACUGGGCUGGGGACACUUUUCCACAGUGUGGCUCUGCUGGGACCUGCAAAAGAAGCGCUUUGUGGCCAUGAAGGUGGUGAAGAGCGCUCCUCAUUACACCGAGACGGCUCUGGAUGAAAUCAAACUGCUGCGAUGUGUGAGGGACAGCGACCCCUCCGACUCGUACAGAGAAACCAUCGUCCAGCUCAUUGAUGACUUCAAGAUCUCUGGAAUCAAUGGAGUUCAUGUCUGUAUGGUUCUGGAGGUUCUGGGUCAUCAGUUAUUAAAAUGGAUCAUUAAAUCAAACUAUAUGGGACUUCCUUUGGUCUGUGUGAAGACCAUCAUCCGACAGGUGCUGCAGGGACUCGACUACCUUCACACCAAGUGUAAGAUUAUUCACACGGACAUCAAGCCGGAGAACAUCCUGCUGGUUGUUGAUGACGUCUACGUCAGGAGAUUGGCGGCUGAGGCCACCAUCUGGCAGCGAGCCGGAGCCCCGCCCCCUUCAGGGUCAUCAGUUAGCACGGCUCCCAGGGAUGACGAGAUGGGGAAGUUGUCAAAAAACAAGAAGAAAAAGAUGAAAAGGAAGGCAAAGCGGCAACAGAAGCUCCUAGAGGAAAGGCUCGUGGAUAUACAGAGGAUGGACGAGGAGGAAGGUCUACAGCAGCCUGACGAUGCCGACCCGACCUGUUCUGCGGUCGUCAACGGCAACACUUUCUGCUCCACAGCCAAUCACAAGCCAAGCCCAGAGUCCAGCAGCUCCUGGUUGGACGACAGGUUCAGUGACCCCGCCCCCGGACGCUUCUCCAGCCCCGCCUCCGGCCUAUCAGGGCUCUCCAGCUCAGUGAUGUCAGCGACCUCCGAGUCGGCGCUCUCCACCCAGUCGGGAUGCUCCAGCGGACGAGACGGAUUCAGUUCGUCGGACUUCGUCCUGAAUCCUCUGGACCCGCAGAACGCCGACCGGCUCCGAGUGAAGAUCGCCGACCUGGGGAACGCCUGCUGGGUGCACAAACACUUCACCGAGGACAUCCAGACCAGGCAGUACCGGGCCCUGGAGGUUCUGAUCGGAGCGGAGUAUGGGCCGCCAGCGGACAUUUGGAGCACCGCCUGCAUGGCGUUCGAGCUCGCCACCGGGGAUUACCUGUUUGAGCCGCAUUCAGGAGAAGAUUACACCAGAGACGAAGAUCACAUCGCCCACAUCAUGGAGCUGCUGGGUCCGCUGCCGCUGCCCUUCGCCUUGUCUGGCAGGUAUUCCAGGGAAUACUUCACCAGGAGAGGUGAGCUGCGGCACAUCUCCAACCUGAAACCGUGGGGACUGUUCGAGGUUCUGCUGGAGAAGUACGAGUGGCCGCUGGACCAGGCGGCGCAGUUCAGCGACUUCCUGCUCACCAUGCUGGAGAUGGAGCCGGAGCGCCGCGCCACGGCGGCGCAGUGCCUGCAGCACACCUGGCUGCACACAUAACACACACCUGCACACACACCUGUCUCACUGUGACUCGCUGACCCGUGUGGUUGGAGACGCCUCUGCUGAUUGGCCGACUGGUCAGUGGGCGGGGCGAAGAACGGUUUAGCCCCGCCUCCUUUCUGAAGCUGACCGCCAGUCACACCUGAGGAAGACUCACCUGUCUGAACUGAACUGAGGUCCGGCUGGUUCGAUGCUCAGAGACGACCUUUGACCUGGCCAGGUGAAAGCAUCCAGAUGUUUAGUCCCAGAAUAACAGCUGCUGAUCACCUGGACAGGUGAACUGUCAGAGCUGGAAUUACUUCAGUGCUGCUGUACCUCAUUUCCUGUUAGACUUCCUGUUUUUCCUCCUGACUUCCUGUCUUCCUUUCAUACUCACUUCCUCUUCCUCACAGGAACAGGAGUCUUCCUUUAGGUUUUUGGACCUGAAGGAAGACCAGAAGAAUCAGAAAUUCCUGUCUGAUUUCUCAUCGGUUUUUUGAGUCGAUCUAAUUUAUGAAGCCAGUCUGUUCCUUUAUUGAUCGGUCAUCGAGUGAUCGAUUGACUAUCCAUCUGGCGAUCACCUGAUCAGCCGUCAGUCGAUCAACCUGUGUGAGUUCCUGGUGCUGAACUUCCACAGAUCAGCUGAAAUUUGUUUUUGUCUCAUUUUCCUGAUUUUUAAUAGUUUUUAUUGAUCUGUCACUUCCUGCUUAUUGAUUAUUGAUCAGUAGAUAACGAGCUUCCACCUGUUCACCUGUUCUGAUGACGAUAGUGCCUUGAAACUGCCCCACCCCCUGCUGUGACAUCACUGAUGAUGUCAGGGGGAUGUUCUACCUGUUUUUGUGAGAAUCUCACCUGGUCAGGUGUUCUCUGGUUUCAGAAUACAAGCUGGAUCAGUUCUGGGUUUACUGGGUUUGCUGGGGCUGAAUCAGAACCGUUUGGACCUGGUGGUGUAGAACCGCUCGGUUCUCUGGGUUCUGGAGGGAAACCUGCAGCGGAUCGGUUCAUUUGGUUGUAAUUUAACAUGUUUCUGUGCUUUAAUUAAACCUUUUCUUAUGAGCAUCGCUGGUUGUGAAAUUAUGUUUGAUAAUAAUAAUAAAUGAAACGUUAAAGUUU